AUGGUUCCACCCGCAGGGUGUAGACCGGAUCGGACCGGCUGUCAGCGGAGCAGCCUGCUGCUGUUUCUGCUUCUUCUCUACAUCUCCAACAAAGCCUCUCAGGCUGCCAAGCCCAAAGGCCCAGGCUACACGCAUCUGAACUCCAUCCGCAUCGAUGGGGAUAUCUCACUAGGCGGGUUGUUCCCAGUGCAUGCCAGGGGUCAUGACGGCAAACCCUGUGGGGAGCUGAAGAAGGAGAAGGGUAUACAUCGACUGGAGGCCAUGCUCUUUGCUCUGGACCGAAUCAACAAUGACAACAACCUGCUACCUAAUAUCACACUGGGGGCGCGCAUUCUAGACACCUGUUCAAGGGACACCCACGCGCUGGAGCAAUCACUCACCUUUGUGCAGGCGCUCAUUGAGAAGGACGGGUCAGACGUCAAGUGUUUGGGCGGUGGUGCGCCCAUCAUUACCAAGCCUGAGAGGGUGGUGGGUGUCAUUGGAGCCUCGUCCAGCUCUGUGUCCAUCAUGGUGGCCAACAUACUUCGUCUGUUCAAGAUACCCCAGGUGAGCUACGCCUCCACAGCUCCAGAGCUGAGCGACAACACCCGCUACGACUUCUUCUCCCGUGUAGUGCCUCCGGACACCUACCAGGCGCAGGCCAUGGUGGACAUCGUCAGGGCCAUGCGGUGGAAUUUCGUCUCAACCGUGGCCUCAGAAGGGAACUACGGGGAGAGCGGUGUCGACGCUUUCAUCCAGAAGUCUCGGGAGGAUGGGGGUGUAUGCAUCUCCCAGUCGGUCAAGAUUCCCCGUGAGCCCAAACUGGGAGAAUUUGACAAGGUCAUCCGGCGACUCAGAGAAAACCCCAACGCGAGAGUGGUCAUACUCUUUGCCAAUGAAGAUGAUAUAAGGCGGCUACUGCAUGCAGCCAAGAAGGCUAACCAGACUGGUCAUUUCAUCUGGGUGGGCUCAGACAGCUGGGGCUCAAAGAUCUCUCCAGUCCUGCACCAGGAAGAAAUGGCAGAGGGAGCGGUCACCAUCCUGCCCAAGCGACAGUCUGUCAGAGGGUUUGAUCGUUACUUCAUCAGCCGCACGCUGGAAAACAACAGGAGGAAUAUCUGGUUUGCAGAGUUCUGGGAAAACAAUUUCAGCUGCAAACUCAGCCGUCAUGCUUUGAAGAAAGGGUCUGGGCUCAAAAAGUGCACAAAUCAGGAACGGAUAGGAAAAGACUCCUCCUAUGAACAGGAAGGAAAGGUGCAGUUUGUCAUUGACGCCGUCUAUGCAAUGGCCCAUGCCCUGCACAAUAUGCACCGCCAACUGUGCCCAGGAAAGGUGGGCCUCUGUUCGAAGAUGGAUCCCAUCAAUGGCACUCUUCUGCUUAAGCAUAUACGUGGCCUCAACUUCUCAGGUAUAACUGGCAACCCAGUACUCUUCAAUGAGAACGGAGAUGCUCCAGGGCGUUAUGAGAUCUACCAGUACCAGAUUCGAAACCGAUCAGCUGAGUACAAAGUUAUUGGCCACUGGACAGAUAAACUCCAUCUCAGUGUUCGUUCAAUGCAGUGGCCAGGUGGUGUCCGUCAGAUCCCCUUCUCAAUAUGCAGUCAGCCCUGUCAGCCGGGCGAGCGCAAGAAGACAGUGAAGGGCAUCCCUUGCUGUUGGCACUGUGAGCGCUGCGAUGGCUAUCAGUACCAAGCAGACACUUACACCUGCAAGAUGUGUCGCUUCAAUUUGCGGCCCAACAGAAAUCACACGGGCUGUGUUCAAAUACCUAUUGUCAAGCUCGAAUGGAGCUCUCCGUGGGCAAUCAUCCCUGUGCUCAUUGCGAUUGUUGGCAUCACGGCAACUCUGGCUGUCGUGGUAACGUUCAUCCGCUACAAUGACACGCCAAUAGUUAAAGCAUCUGGCCGAGAGCUGAGUUAUGUGCUGCUGACCGGCAUCUUUCUCUGUUAUGCCACCACUUUCCUCAUGAUAUCUACACCCGAUGUAGGGAUUUGCUCCUUACGAAGGAUCUUCCUGGGUCUGGGCAUGAGUAUCAGUUAUGCAGCCCUGCUCACCAAAACCAACCGUAUUUACCGUAUCUUUGAACAGGGUUCUAUGUCCGUGAGUGCACCAAGGUUUAUUUCCCCGGCCUCCCAGCUGGUCAUCACAUUUACCUUAGCCUCCGUGCAGCUGCUUGGCGUGUGUAUCUGGUUUGUUGUAGACCCCUCCCAGGCCAUCAUUGACUAUGAGGACCAGAGGACAUCUAACCCAGCACUUGCCCGUGGCGUACUGAAGUGUGACAUCUCCGACCUGUCUCUUAUCUGCCUGCUGGGAUACAGCAUGCUGCUCAUGGUCACCUGUACAGUCUACGCCAUUAAGACCAGAGGGGUGCCAGAGACCUUCAAUGAGGCAAAGCCCAUUGGUUUUACCAUGUACACCACCUGCAUCAUUUGGUUGGCGUUUAUCCCAAUCUUCUUUGGUACCUCACAGUCAACAGAAAAGAUGUACAUCCAAACGACCACGUUGACCAUCUCCGUGAGCCUGAGUGCCUCGGUGUCCUUGGGGAUGCUCUACAUACCGAAGGUCUACGUGGUGCUCUUCCACCCGGAGCAAAAUGUACCCAAACGCACACGCAGCCUCAAGGCCGUGUUUACUGCUGCCACCAUGUCUAACAAAUUCAACCCCAAGGCCAGUUUGAGACCCAAUGGAGAGGCCAAGACCGAGUUGUGUGAAAGCCUGGAAACACAAAAUUUCCCAACAAAGCAAACAUACAUCAGCUACAGCAAUCAUGCAAUAUAG